AUGCUGCUGGGAGCAUUUACUGUGUUUGACAACUAUGUGGCCAGUGACCUGUGGAUACAGAUGAGGACAACUUACAAAUAUGUCUUUGGAAAGCACAGCGACAACUACAACUGGUCCUUGCCUACACGUCCCACUACAUUUGCUGUCUUUGACAAUUCAGCGUGUUUUCUGUGUACCGGGGCUUUAUCACAACCUUUCUAUCUGGGCCACACUAUACUUGGCAAGCUCCGAUACAUGACCGUGGAAGGAGAAAUUGUCAAGUAUAAUCUGAAAGACAGCCUCUUCAGUAAGUCUGAGAAGUGUGCAGAUUGAAGUGUCAUUUGGGAGUUAUCUGAAGAUAUGCAGCUGGCAGCUGGCCUUAAAUAAGCUGGAAUUCUUGCAGAAAAUGCAGAGGAUUCUGAAGGAAGAGUUGUAUUUAAUACAAAACAUGCACAUCUUAUUCAAGAGACCAUGUGUAAUAAUCCUCAGGAAGUGGUACAAGGCUGCUGUUCAGAUAUGGCUAUUACUUUUAAGGGACUGACACCCAAAAAGAUGAUAGUGAUGAUGUACGGUAUGCACUGGAUCAGGGUUCAUUAUUUCAACAGCACACUGGUCUUCUUGCCUCCAAACGGUUCAGAAAGUGACUGACGGCUGGGGAAUAAUAGCAUUGUGCUGUCCAAAAGCACUUAAAAUGUGGAUUCACUUGAAGCGUGAACUGAGAUGUGUAAGUGUAAAAUACACACUUAAUUCAAUAAUACACAUAGUAUUUGAAAACCAAUACAAAAAGU